GAAAGAAGGAAAGAAAAACAGAGCAAAACAGAGUUAGACACUUGGAAGAGAGAGAGGGAAUAAGAAUCCGAGAGAGAGGCAGAGGAGGUUAUUUGGCUUUAAUUUGUAGGUUUAGGUUACUUAUAGCUAUGCUUCAAUAAUGGUGGUCUGAAACGGGGGAUUGGGGCAGCAGAGGGAAGAAGUUUCUAGCGGUUGUUGUACAAUGAAAAGAAAGCAGAGGAAAACAGAGGAAUAACAUUAGGAUCAACCGGAGGCGAUGAUGAAAUCUGGGAUAUUGAGUGGAGUAAUGUGUGGAAAUACGGUGGAAGCUGAUCGGUUAGAUCGUCUUUCGAAAGAUGAAGGCAGCCACUACAGCCUCACUGGAAUCCUUCCAGCUCUCGGUGCCACAGCUCGCAACAACCGCAGAGGCAAGCUCUGCCGCUUUAUUAUCUCCCCCUUUCAUCCCUACUAUAGAACUUGGCAGGGAUUUCUUGUAAUUCUAGUUUUCUAUACAGCGUGGGUGUCUCCCUUCGAGUUUGGCUUUGUGAAUAGAUCAAAAGGAGUUCUAGCUGUAACAGAUAAUAUUGUGAAUGCACUCUUCGCAAUUGACAUAACUUUGACCUUCUUUGUUGCAUACCUCGAAAAAACUUCUUAUCUCCUCAUUGACGACCCCAAAUUGAUUGCUAAGAGGUAUGCCAAAACCUGGUUGAUCCUUGACAUUAUAUCCACAAUCCCCUCCGAAGCUACUCGCUAUAUAUUGCCACAUGCAAUUGAAACAUAUGGCUACUUCAAUAUGCUUCGGCUCUGGCGAGUUCGUAGAGUCAGUGCCAUGUUCGCAAGAUUGGAAAAGGACAGAAACUAUAGCUACUUUUGCAUUCGAUGUGCAAAGCUUAUGUGUGUUACUCUUCUUGCAUCCCAUAUUGCUGGUUGCUUCUUCUAUUUUCUCGCAGCACAUUAUCGCGAUCCAGCAAGGACAUGGAUUGGAGCAGUACACACAAAUUUUCAUGAACUGAGUUUGUGGGACCGGUAUGUGACCUCAAUGUACUGGUCCAUAGUCACAAUGACAGCCACUGGCUAUGGUGAUUUACAUCCUGUUAAUACAGGGGAAAUGGUUUUCGACAUAUUCUACUUGCUCUUUAAUGUUGGCCUGCAAGCUUACCUUAUUGGAAAUAUUACCAACUUGGUUGUCCACGGAACUGCUAAAACCAGACAAUUUAGAGACACUAUUCAAGCUGCUUCAGGUUUUGCUCAAAGGAACCAACUACCCGAGCGCUUGCACGAGCAGAUGCUUGCUCAUUUGUGUUUGAAAUACAGAACAGAUUCGGAAGGAUUGCAGCAGCAAGAGACUCUUGAGGCCCUUCCCAAAGCCAUUCGAUCUAGUAUCUCUCAUUAUCUCUUCUAUCCACUUGUUGAUGGCGUCUAUUUGUUCCGAGGAGUAUCAAACGACUUGCUUUUCCAACUGGUCGCGGAGAUGAAGGCGGAAUACUUUCCUCCUAAUGAAGAUGUGAUUUUGCAGAAUGAAGCACCAACUGAGUUGUAUUUAUUGGUUACCGGUUCUGUGGAAUUUGUGGUUCAAAAGAAUGGAAUAGAACAGGUUGUUCGUGAGGCGAAAACAGGAGACGUCAUUGGGGAGAUAGGCGUGCUAUGUUACAGGCCACAACCAUUCACAGUUCGGACGAAAAGAUUGUGCCAGCUGCUACGUUUGAAUCGAACUGCAUUUUUAAACAUUGUUCAGGCAAAUGUUGGAGAUGGAACUAUUAUCCUCAACAAUCUUCUUCAGCAUUUGAAAGAACUAAAGGAUCCAAUGAUGGAAGAAAUUCUGAAAGAGACAGAGAACAUGUUGGCUCGAGGCAGAAUGGAUUUACCUCUCACUUUAUGCUUUGCUGCAAUGAGAAACGAUGAUUUGUUGUUGAGUCAGCUGUUGAGGAGGGGUUCGGAUCCAAAUGAGAUGGACGCCAAUGGACGGACGCCCAUGCAUAUUGCGGCAGCUAAUGGGAAUGAGCAUUGUGUAGUUCUACUUUUAGAGUAUGGAGCAAAUCCUAACAUCAAAGAUUUGGAAGGAAAUGCUCCAUUAUUGGAAGCCAUAAUGGGGAAUCAUGAAUCUGUAAUCAAACUUCUCUUAGACAAUGGCGCGGAGAUAAAUUCUGGGAACGUAGUCAAUUAUGCAUGCGCUGCUGUUGAACAAAACAACCUAGAAUUGCUCAAAGAAAUUGCUGAAUACGGCUGUGAUGUUACACAGCCCCAGCGCAAUGGAAGUACAGCACUUCAUGCCGCAGUAUGUGAAGGAAACAACGAGAUCGUAAGGUUCCUUUUGGAUAAGGGAGCUGAUAUUGAUAAACCAGAUUCAAAUGGAUGGACCCCAAGAGCCUUGGCUGAUCAUCAGGGCCAUGAAGAAAUCAAAGACAUGUUCCAGAAUAAGGAUGGGAUCAGAAAACCAAAAGUUUCCUCUCCUUUCCCGAAGAUUAAACGAGUCGGAUCGAAAUUGGCCAAGCACAAGAGUGAGUCAAGCAUACCUCCAUAUGCACAUGAUGUCGCCGUGGAUAACUCCCAUAGACGAAGGGCUUGCAAGUACAGCAACUCACUAUUUGGAAUGAUGUCUAAUGUCAAUAAUGAUGAAAUAGACGUUGUUGGAGGAAGAGGAAGUUUCGCCACUAGCCAGGGCUUGAACUACCCAGCUAGAGUUACAAUUAGCUGCCGGGGAAACGUUGAAGGAGCAGGAAAGCUUGUCCUUCUGCCUGACUCCCUUCAAGAACUACUAAAUAUUGGUGCCAAAAAAUUUGGUUUUAGUCCUACUCAAGUUUUGACACAAGACGGAGCAGAAAUUGAAGACAUAGAACUCAUUAGAGAUGGUGAUCAUGUUAUUCUUGCUAAAGAUGGGAUUGAUAAUUCAAGGGUUGAUACCUGAGAACUAAAAAAAAUAUAUAUAUAUAUAUAUAUAUAUAUAUAGCUGUGAGAAAAUAUAAUUUUGCCAUUUAUUAAUAUUUAAUUAAUUAUUUUUCUUCACAAAAUUAUGCAAAUUUGUGUUUUGACCAGCCUU